AUGUGCCUCCCGCGCGCCAUGCUGGGCCAACGUUCACACCCUGUGGAAAAGGACACGCUUCGACGACCUAUUAAGACAUCGAAUUCGCAGCAGAGGAUCCUCGCCGGAGUCUACGUCUCUCGCGGGUUUGACAUGCACCUUCUGUUAUUCCACGAAGCGGCGCAGACAGAAUCCAGAAGCGACGACAGCAGCAGCUACUCGGCCGGCAGUUCCGCCAACCCCAGCAACCCCUCGUCAACGAAGCCUCCAAAAGGAACGGGUCCGACAAACUCCCCGGCGUCGCCCGACGGGUCAACAAGAUCGGGGAACGCCGGUCAGGAAAAUGGCGUGGGCGGUGCCGGUACGCAGAGCAAAACCGAACUUGGAGUCAGCGGCACAACGGGCAUGGGCCAGCGACAUUCCAUGGCAGUUGAAGCAACGGGGGUUUCUGGGCUAAAGGUGCGGUGUGACGCAAGUAGCAGUAGCCUGGACGGCAGCGGGGGGUCUUCGAGGCGGACGGCGGCGACGGUGACCGGGAAGACCGGAAGGUUUGCAACGGCGGGACGGCUCCGAGAGUUUCGGGCGAUGCUCAAAGGCGCCGCUGCGCAUGCAUCGAAGAUGAAGACGGCUCACGCUAACCGAGAGCUGAGCAUCGAGGGCGCUGUACGAGGGCACGACGUCGACGCGGCGGUUUUGAAUAAGUCCACCAACCCCGGAAGACAGACCAAGCAACAGAUCGGGCGGGUGGCCAGAGCCAGAGAGGCUGUAGAUGGCAUGCUUACGAGGUGGCCCCUGGUGAUCGAAAGGAUGGGUAUCUGCACGGAACAGGCUAUCAAGAUACGAAACCUGGUGAAAACAGCGGGAACAUUUCCGACAGGGGGGUUGGCGGCAGAGAACACCGAACCAGCGGCGGCAACCGCAGCGGGCUCAAGCUCUACGAACGAUACCCGUGCGUGCGAAAGGCGUAGAGCGGCCAAGGAGCACGCGCGGGUCGUCGAACAACACGCUGAGAUAUUGACCCUCAGCCAAAGAUUUGAACGAGUGGCGUCGGCCAUUCAGCGAAGGCAGGAGGAGCGGGAGUACCACCGACUGGCCGCCCUCGGCCUCGUUCCUCCGGGGGUGUCGAUAAGCGAGUUCAGGGACCAGCUUCGAUCGACGACGACGACCGCCGCAAUGACAAGAGCACCUUCCUUCUUCGAAGAUCACCACUACCAGGGGAGAUAG